UUAGUGCUGCAAGACAGUCAAGAACGCAGAACGACCGUCAAAGGUAUGGUUGUGGUAUAUAUCACACAAAGUUUAACGGGUACUUUAUAACUAGAUACAAGCAUAAACUGUGACAGAUUAGAGAAUCACAAUUUUUUCUUUUCUUCUAUAUAUUUUUUAAGUUAUGAAUCCAAACAUGCUCAUUUAACAUCAUUUAAAAAUCAAGGAAAUCCUUGCUGGAGGAUAAAAAGACUGGCUUCGUCAAGAGAACCGCUUUUUUUUUCCUCCUUUCAAUCAAAGUUUUCACUGAUAAUAUUAUCGAAGGUUGCAUGUCUAGAAGUCUGUUUUACCUUGAAGUCUUUGCACAGUCGUUCAGAGAAACUAAAACCAUACCCACAACAACGUCCUAAAAUCAUAUUAAGGCGCAUUGACUAUAAACCGGUGUAUUAAUACAAUUACGGUGUUAUCUCAGAUAGCUGUAAGAUUCCCCAACCUCUUAGCGAGUUCAAUUCUCCGCUCACUAGAGUCGAUGACGGCAAAUCCCAACUCUCUUAGCGGAAAAACUGUACUAUCUUAAACACCCGCAUUUUUGAAAGGUUAUUUGUUUUUCUAAGAAAGUAACAUCCACAUUUAGUUUCAUAAUCGCUAGUACACCGGCGACGAGUUAGUGAUACCCUCUUCUCUAAAUUUCCAUUUUACCCAAACUCUGUGCUUCCUCUAAGAAUUAAAUCCACAGGCAGCCUAAUAUAGGCAUUAGCAUACAGUUUGUAUUUAGUUCAGAAUAUACAUAAUUAUAUGCCAUAAGAAUACCGAUGAUUAAUUCUUUUGUAAAAUAAGGGUAUUAACGCCAAAAACACCUGUCCGCACGAGUGUCUAAACUUUAAGAAGCACAACACGUCCGCUGUAAAGUGAACCCGCGUUAAUAUACCAAGGUUUCAUGACCGAACGAAAAUCGAUCGUGAAGGUAAGGCUCUUUCAGUAUGCUGCUCUAGAACUGCCUAGUAACUUAAAAUUCGUUCAGGGACUUGUUUUUUAGGGCUGAGAAUUUGUUUCGAUGCGUUCAAUCAAAACACUCUUUUCGUCGUGCUAACAGCAGUUCUGCUGAGGAGGCCAUAUCCAUUCCUCAAUUUUGUACUGAGGAAAUUCUGUCCUUUCCGUAGAAUGAAAUUCAUUUUUGGUCGAGAAUUAAAUUUUAUAAACGAUCUUUUUACGACGGUAAUGAGCGCUCUUUUGCUAUCAGUAGAUUUUGGUUAAAUUGCAAAAUUCAGUCGAUAACUAUAUUCGUAAAUAUAAUAACAUUGUUUGCAAAAUCUCUUGCAUUGAAACAGGUUUGCGUUUGCAGCCGGUAUAUAUAAUAGCGAUUUAAAAAUUAUUUUCUGACAACAAAAAUAAAAGCAGAUCUAAGCAAGAAAGACAAUGAUUAUAGUAAAUCAUUGAAAACAUCGAUUACAACAUUUAUUUUGAGAAUCUUUUCAUUUUAUACCGAAAAAUAUUGAUCUCUUACUACCCAAACUGCCACCGUAAGUUAGCUUUGUAUUUUAUUUCAAAGGAGGAACGAUUUCUUGUAAAAAUCUAUGAGUAAGCUGAAAAAUUGCCGACUGCACAAAAAACUUAGAUUACAUCAACCUGUGUUGUAAAGCAAUAUAAAAUAAGGAACAGCUAUUAUUAUGUAAAUUAGUGAAGCAACAUAAAUUAAUGACAGAGCUUUAUCGAUAAACAAAGUAGGAUGCCACACAGUGUUGUGAAAUUGCUGACGAAGGGGAAAUUUAUGACUUCGGAGUAUAGCACUGGUUUGUAAUAUUGAAUUGCGUGCUAGGAAACCAUGACGCAGAAUACGGCCCACAAAUAAAAUCAGUAGAGCGAUGUUGUCACACAAUAAAUCUUUUUGUUAACAAAGCCAGUAACUUGACGGGUCAACUUUGAAAGAAAAAAAAGGAAAGCGAGGCGCGCGUGCCGGCAGCACUGGUUCUGUAAACAUGACUAUAGUUUGUUAAAUAGACAUAUCGCCCCAUGUACGGCAAUCUGGACUGGCAAAUUUUUGCUUGUGGAAUCCAGAAUUAAGGGCUUUGGAAAUCCAAAAUUCAGCUCAAGGAAUCCGGAAUCCCGCUGAUGGUGGGAAUCUGGAGCCAAGUAGUUACAGUAACUUCGAAUCCGAAAUCCCCGGCCUGGAAUCCAGAAUACAUAGUAGGGAGAUACUUCAUUUCGACUCCAUAAAUCGACUGUUGAAAGUACUAUGAGGUUGCUUUUAAAAUAUUUUGUCCUUGUUAUGACUGGUUGUGAGGUUGUGCUGGGUCUGUUGACCAUAACAUAUGUUAUGUGUGACAAAAUCAUUUGAAGUACCUCGCUCCUAUUAAAAGGUUUAAAACUGUACAUUACAAGGUGGUUCUAAUUUUCCAGGCUGUGGAUGAAAUGAAUGAUCGAAGUAUGUCAUUCAUAUGAAAGCUACUGAGCUGUACGUUUCUGUAGUACUGUUUAUUAUGCUAUGCAACUUGAAGGUCAGGUCCUACAUUUUGAAUCCACAGGUGAAAUCCUGAAGUGUGACCCGUCAAAUGAAAUCUUAAAUUUAAGCUACAGAGCAUUACUUCCUAUUGUGCUGUUUAUAAAACCGCUGUAUAAAGUUACUCAUAGGGUGCUCAAGCAACGACGACGGCGACAGCAGCAAGAAUGGCAAAAAACAAUAUGUUUAGAUUGGAAAAACAACAACUUUGCACGUCCAUCACGCUUUUUUGUACUUUUUUUGGUCGUCUCUGCACGACUUCGACGUGAAAGUUAACAGUUUCACGAGAACACAAGACAACAACUUUCUUUCUCUUUUCCUGAACUUUGAUACAGUGUUUUAGAACACAACCCCAGAAUUUGACGAAUUGAAUGAGAUGGAAUAAGCGUCGAUUAAGGUUGGAAGCAGCGCGAAUUCACUUUUUAAGUGAAGUUUUCCGUCGUCGUUGUUGCUUAAGCAGGGGCACCCAAGGAGAAGAUAGUUCAAACCCACUUAAACACAGCACCGUUAAACGUAUUUUAGUAUUUAAACGGUAGAUAUAGGCAAAUUUUUAUCCCCUAAAAAUUUUUCAUCUGUUCGGAUUUCGUAGCAGAACGUCUAGUGAUCCGAAAAUUAUAGGGAUCAAAACUUACUUUUUCGAAAAUUUCAGCUAGAAAAAAGGCUCCCGAUAAUACUAGGUGGCCUUUUUAGGGUAAAAAUCCGUUAAAAAUGGGCAAUUAUACCAAUUUUUAGAUGUUCGAAAAUCCUAGGAGACGCAGCUAAGCAAGAAAUUUUACACCACUGUUCCAAAAAUUCUAGAUCUCAAAUCGUCUUCCGAACAGAUAUUUUCCGAAAAGUGACGUUGGUUGCCGCUGCUUAAGCCCCCUAUUGAGUCUGUGGACGAAAUCCUAGAGUGUGAUCGUUUAAGCGUAAGCGUUUAAGCAGUACUUUUGCUAGUCUGCUACACAGCCGUUUUUAGUGUCGUCACGCAACGCUCCUCCCCACUAAGUUAUAGUGGGGAGGAGCGUUGCGUGACGACACUAAAAACGGCUGUGUAGCAGACUAUACUUUUGCGUGCUACUGUUUGUUUUCCGGAAAUUUGGGAAAUAAUAAAAUCGUACGUCAUAAGGUGUCAUAACAGAAAGCCAAUCAACCAUGAUAUGCAAAUACCGAAGUUUACUUGUAUUAAACGCCAGACCUGUAUACACACGCGAAGUUUCCUAUUCUUUGCAGAUUUCAUCAUUUUAGUGGAUCAAAGCAGUUAAAAAAUAUCUUCGAAAAAAAAUGCAUGAGUUUGCAAGCAAGGUAAGGAAAAUUGUUCAGUUUAUUUUCUUUUAGAACACAACAAACUUUGUGUUCGUGUAAGUUUUAUAGCCCGAAGAAUCCUUAACAAUAACAAACUCCCAAAUUAACUUCACAAAAACAAACUAUUUGCCAUAUUAACUUGAAUCUAUAGCUUUUAUACCACCAUUUGCGUUUUUUUCAUCGAGAAAAGGACGACAGAACUCUCUGGAUCUGGUAAGAAAUCGGUUCCGGCAUUCCGCUCGCGUGCUUGCGCCCGGCGUUUUCGUCAUUACAGUUAAGUCUCACUUUAAGAGUGCAGUUCUUUUAUUUCCUCAUAAAAUCUACAUUAUCAGCCGUAAUUAGGUGUACAUAUCAUAGUUUAUGUUCAAUUUAUUUACACGCGAAAAGAAAAAUUAGAGUUACUAUUCGGCGAUUCGCCGGAGUCUGGAAAAUCGAUAGCUGUUUUGUUCUAAAAAUUCCUUGAAUGACGUAAUUUCAGUAGAUAACUUUUAAUAAGGCAGCUUCACUUUUUUUCAAGUCAAAUCUAGCUAAUGCUACCAUUCUAAUUUUGACAGAAACACCAGCAAACAUACACCGUUUACGUAUACACCAUGUACACGCAUGACAUACAAGUACUCCUUAGUGGAAAAUAUUAUUCAAAUUAGUUUCAAAUUGUGGACAGUUUCGUAACAAGUUCAAGUGAUAUUGUUACAGUUUAGCUUUGCUAUGGGGCUUUUUUGCGGACAAAAUUUCGAACGUGAAUACAUCAAUGUUUUGUUAAAUUCAUUAUUGUUAUACGUAAUAAUACAAAUUGGAAAAUAACAUAAAUCAAUUUCGACCGGGUUCAUCAAGUUCGAAUGCUAUGCAUCGAUGUUGUUUAGCAUAAAUCGCUUUUCCGAAUCAUUCGAGCGUGACCGUAUACAACUAAAAGAUGUUCAAUAAAACUGAAAGAUGAGGAAGCUGAAAUAGAAAUGACCGGACGUCCGUUAAACGAAGCUCAUACGUGCGUGACAUUACGUAACUAAAAGAUGUUCCAAUAAAACUAAAAGAUGAGGAAGCGGAAAUAGAAAUGACCGGAAGUCACAUAAAAGAAGAGGCCCCGGGAACUAACACUUCCAAUAUGGCGGAAAUAAAGACAGAUGAUUAGGUGAACCACACACGUUUGAAAAGCAUUAUGCAGGGUGCACGUAUUUGGUUGCCCAACAUCGAAGGAUUUUUUACGUCUUUGGGUAGGCUACUGGAAAGUGCAGAAGGGCAAAGGAACACUGCGUCGUACGACUCUGCUGAAUUUUUUAGUCGCCGUUUGCGAGAAAACGAAAGAACUCUUGUCACUUUAGCUCUAAGAAUACUGUACUGGGCUGUAGUUCUGUCUCGGAUUGUAGGCCGUCGAGGCUACAACCCUCGUUGAAGUAGCACUGCGAUUAGGAAUUCCCCGGCGAUGCCUCGGUAUCUGAAACCUUGCAUUAAUUUCUUCCUCAGCGGAGGAAAAUUCCGCACUGCUACUGUUCUCCGCCCUAUUUGGGUUUCCCGAUUGCGUCUGUAAAUUAGUUACGGCAUGUAAGACGGUGUGAAAAAAAUCUUGGACAGAUCUAGAUCUCGUGUUGUUUUCUGAGCUACUCUCCCGGUCCGCCAUGUUGGUUAGAGAGAACAAACAUUGGCAAAAGCGCGGGAAAACUAACGUCAUUUGGACCGGACUUUACACUUCCUGUUUCCGGUCAUUUCUAUUUCCGCUUCCUCAUCUUUUAGUUUUAUUGAACAUCUUUUAGUUGUAUACGGUCACGCUCGAAUGAUUCGGAAAAGCGAUUUAUGCUAAACAACAUCGAUGUAUAGCAUUCGAACUUGAUGAACCCGGUCGAAAUUGAUUUAUGUUAUUUUCCAAUUUGUAUUAUUACGCAUAACAAUAAUGAAUUUAACAAAACAUUGAUGUAUUCACGUUCGAAAUUUUGUCCGCAAAAAAGCCCCAUACUUUGCGGUAAUUUUAUUGUUUGAGAAGGGAGUGAAAAGGCCUUUUUGCGUGAUACGGGAUUAAGUGUGUGUGUGUUUUUUUUUAUUAUUUUCGUUUAAGAUAAAAAUACGAAAUAAAAAUCCUUGAAAUGCUGUCCUUUUGCUUCGGCAAUUUCCGUGAAACGUGACUAAAACGGAGUUUAAUCACCGUGAUGCGUUAUUUCAGUUACUAUUUACUAUCCGUGAAGCGUGCGUAGCCCCCGCACCUCCCCCCGUUUGAAUCAGUCGAUGGAACAAAGAUAUUUCAUCUUAAAAAGCAGAGUAGAGCAGUACACCUUUUGCUUUCAGAUCGAUCAUGGUUAAACAUGUUUAUUUCAUAAAUUCCAACAUGCAUAAUUUUAGUUCAAGAUUAUGCACCUAUCAUAUGUAAAGCCGGCGGGGGAUGGGGGUGGGGGGGGGGGGCGGGGCAUGGGGGGGGGAUUUGAUUGUCUUUGUUGGCCCUGGGGUAGGGUAUUUGACUGAUCUUGUUAUCCCAGGGGAGGGGAUAUUUGAAUCUUUCUUCGCCCGACGUGGAGAUAUUUGACUGCCUACUCGGACGAGUAGACCAAACAUAUGUUUCCCGCUUCCACGCUUCACGCACGCGCCGUACGGUUUGAAAAGAUCAGGAAGCUAGGGAGGCCAAUGAGAACAAGCGAAGGCUGAGUGGAUUUAACUGUUUUGUCUUCAAAUGUCGUUUGUUUUAGCGUGUUUUUGAUCAAUUGAACUUCUUAAAAUACUGUGGUAUCAAAGUAAAAGGAAGUAAAGAGAAACCAAGUCGAUUUUUGCCAGUACAACUGAUUAGUGUAUGCUCAUUCGCUACAACCACUGUAAACUUAUAAAACUGACUUUCUUUGUACCCUUUACUAAGAAUGGUAUAUUUAAACUUACAAAAUGUGGACUUUCUCCUAAAAGUUUCUCGUCUGUAUUCUACGCAGUGUAACACGGAUUAUGGUUAAAACGUAUAAUUGCAGCUGUAAAAGGAACAUGUAUCUUUGGUGAUGCAGCAACGUUUAUAAAAGAUUGCAGAGUUUUAUUUGGAGAUAUUUUUAUUCUGCCUUUCUUGGGUUCUGCCUUGGGAUUGACAGCAAUGUGCAGCCUGGGGUGGGGAAAUUUGGUUGCAUUUGACUGGAAUGAAUUGCCCGUGGGCAGAGAAUUUGAUUGCAAAUUUUUGAAAAAAGUCAACUCCCCACCCCAUGCCCUGCCUCCCCCCCCCCCCACCCCCGCCGGCAUUACAUUGAUAGGUGCAUUAACACUCCUAAUCGACGUACUUCAAGCAACCCCCCUCACUGUGAGGAAGAAUACAAUCAGUUUGCUGUUUCACCAAGUAGGAUCACCGAGGAUUUACAUUAAUCGAUGUAAGGAUUUUUACCUUACUCUUAAAGUAACCAUGAGACCCACUUUAUUCUCGAUUUAUAAAUUUAAUUCAAUUUUGAAUGAGAUGAGGAAGGUGAGUGUCUCAAUGGGGGUAACUUUCAGCCGUCAAACGGCCUAAAAUUUAACCAUCAUUCGUCAAAAAAGAUAAUUUUUUUUCCUCAACCGUAAAAAAUGCAGAUUAGUGUUAACCAUAAAAAAGUUUUGAGGUAUUUCAAAUCUCGCCAUUUCCGCUAAUCGUCACGGACGGACUUCUGGUUCCUGAAGUCUCUAAAUCGGAAAAACCAGUUCCGAUGUUCUCAAAAAUACAAUCUCUCUAGACAUUAAAGACUUUGCAACUUGCGUAUAUCUAAACCUAUUUCAAACUUUCAAAAAUGAAAGGCCAAGACAAUUCAAUUCACGAGAGUUGAUGUUAAUUCAUGCACAAGUUAAUAUUGACCAAAACUCUUGCACUAAAUUUCCACUUAAUAACCGUCAACCGUCCAAAGCUCUAAAAUUUAAUUGUCAGCCUUCAAAGUUGGAAAGAAAUAACCGUCAACCGUUAAAGCUACCACCCCACUGAGACCCUUGAAGUUGGCAUACACGUAACGCAAGCUGUAUAAGACUCAGCUACAUUAGUGUAAUUUUUUCUAAUGUUUCUACAGGAGGAAUAUGAUAAUUUUCUGAGGAGUGAAAAAAACAAAGACAAGCUAAUAGUUAUCGACUUCUAUGCCGACUGGUGUGGUCCGUGCAGAAAAAUGAAGCCUUAUUUCAAGGUUAGUUAUUAACUAGUAUUUGAGAUUUGAGCAGUCUUGUUGCCAGGCCAAUUCGCGCUAUCAUGAAUGUGAGCGGAGGAGGCUUGGAACAGAGCACAAGAGCGUGAAAAGAAAUCCCCCGACAAGCUUGACGAGCGAAGACUCCGAGCAAGACUGGGAACGAUGUUGAAAUACAGUGGAACCCCCUUAAUACGGUCACCAAUGGGCCAAAAAAAAUGGCCGUAAAAACGAGGGUUUUUUUUUUUACAAGAAAAUGUAUGGCGGUUUUUGCCAGACCGCCAAAAGAAAGUGGCUGUAAUACCGAAGUGACCGUAUUACCAAGGUGGCCGUAAGGCGCGGUUUCACUGUAUGAAAAUGGAUCGUGAUGAAAGCUAUCACGCUGGAUUUUAUAUCUACGCGCGCAAUUAAAUACCUUUAAUACCAUUGAACAGGUUCCCGGACGGCUUUCCCUACUAUCAUUUACAAUGUAAAUAUUGUGAAGAAUGACAUUUACAAAAUGAAACAUAGAAGGCUGUUUCAAUGCUCAAGUAUGCUAAAUCUACAAAAAAUAAGUUACUCAAUGACCGACAUAAGAAAUUAAUGGCAUUUGAGGUUUUUAAGGACAUAUAUGCAGGACUAUCUUUAUUGUCUUUUGCUAACUCGCGCAUGAAACUUGGUCUUGUAGGUUGUUUUGAAUUGCACAGGGGGAGUAGUAUUUUGUAGGACGAAUUUGACACGGUUUCCUCCGCAACCUUGUAACAACCAAUAAAAGAAGCGACAGCGUCUUAAAAGCAUUCCCAUGGUGCAAUUCGACACAACAACGACCCAGUCUACCGCCUGACCGCAAAUAGACUAAUAUCUAAAAGUCUUCUGUCCAGCGGUAGUUGUAAUGAAAUUUAAUGUUUAGCUGGCUGCCAAUUCGUGACGGAUUGCCUUACACCUCUAAAUGUCAUGUGAUCGGAGUUAAGGCCUUUUACGCGCUUGUACACCAUUUCAAGCGAGGGUCCGUGAAGUCAAGUGGUUGGCGGGGAUUGGAAUUUUGGAAGAGGUUGUUCCUUGUGACGUCACAAUGGAAGCCUGUAAAGUGUUAUAAUUGCCGCAUCUUUUAUUGAUUAAGAAUGUAAUGCGACAAACCUUUUGCAAACAGUUUGCAGUUUCUUCAUAUAUGCAACCCCGCGUUCCAUCACACAGUAAACUUAUAGUCUGGAGCUUGCCAAGUACUAAGACGGAUGACUAGAAGUGUGUUCCUGUCAAAACAGUCUUUCACUCUGUUGAUCUAACAAACUUGGCCAUUGCAACGGCCUUACUAUCGUGCCCAUCAGGCAAUGGUUAUGUCUGGUGACUUUCAAGCCAAAAGUCCUCAGCCGUCUUAGUCGGCGAGUCGUAGAAAGUAAAAAAAACUCUGGAAAGAUGUAAAGUACACGUUUUUUUUGCGUGUUGUUUUAUGAAAUGUGGUUUCUGAAGCAGAUUCUCGUUUCUUAAAAUAUAUAGGCACGAUUUAAGAAAGAUGAUCAGCCCCUGAUGACGUUCCAGCUUGUAAUUAAACGAGUUGUGUGCUUAUUAUUUUAUGAGGUCUAUGAAACGCUUGUUACGUCUGUCUUUGAUAAAUUUUGAUAACUUCUUUGUUGCAGAAAUGUGAGGGGAAAUAUCCCGAUGUGGUGUUUGCCAAAGUAGAUGUUGAUGACGCUGAAGUAAGUGUUGAAACCAAUAAAUAUUUAUCAGAACUUGCCUGUGCCAAACGCGGAACAAAUAGGCGCCAAAUUCGGGAAACUCGUUACCGGUGUUAAGCGGCGCGGGAAACUGUCCGCAGGUUUCAAAAGCGGGAAACUGGCAUCAGGUUUCGUACGCGGGAAACUGGCCGACAUAGCAUCUAAAAUCCUUACCUGUUUUAAGACCACUAACGCGGCAUAUGCAUAUAUGACUAACAUAAGGGACUACAUCUCCCCCGUGCGAUUGAUAGAAAUUAAGGUAAGGCAAAUGCCGGUGAUGAUUUAUGUGAAGAGAGUCGAUAUCUUGUUUAACACAUCUGACACAAGUACAAACACAUAAACAACAAAAAGGAACUAUUAAAUAGUUCCAGUCUAGUGCUUCUGGGCUUACACUACUGAGUCAUGCUUGGCAGAUUGUGAUUACGCAAUCUUAAGUACAAACCUGCCAUUUUGCGUCGCCUUGAUUUACAAGAAGGAAACGUUUUCAGUUAGACAAAAACUCUUGGAGCACUCUGACUUGAAAAAAAGGACAAAAUGGAAAUAUUUGCUGACGGGAUAUAAUUGGUUGGCUAUGAUGUGAAUAAUCGUUUUGAAACUUUCCCGCCCUUUAUCCACCCUCCCCUCCCCCACCCAAUUCCUUCCUAACUUGACUGGACAUGAUUAAAGGCAUGAUUUAUUCCAAAAUACCAGACCCUGAGACUGACACCUAAAUAGAUAAAAGCCGUACGAGAGGUAUUCAAGAAAAUUAUGGUUUGUGUCAUCUUAUAGGCAAUAGCAGAAGAAGAAGACGUUGAAGUUAUGCCUACAUUCAUCUUUUUCAAGAACGGAGAAAGGGUAACUACAAUAAUAAUGAUAAUAAUGAUGAUAAUGAUAAUGAUAACGAUAAUGAUAACGAUAAUGAUAACGUUAACGAUAACGAUAAUGAUAACGAUAACGAUAAUGAUAACGAUAAUGAUAGCGUUAACGAUAACGAUAAUGAUAAUGAUAAUGAUAAUGAUAACGAUAACGAUAAUGAUAGCGUUAACGAUAACGAUAAUGAUAAUGAUAAUGAUAUCGAUAACGAUACUGAUAAUGAUAACGUUAACGAUAACGAUAAUAAUAACGUACCGAUCAGGAGCAGGCGCCCAUAACCCGGAGCGUCUAACUUCCAUACUGCGGCCUAUGCAACGGCGUUUUCACAAGUAGGUUUGUUUUUAGAUAAGCCUUUCCCGCGAAUUGCUUUCGAAAAGCCAAUCACAAGCAAGUGCGUCAUCAAUAAUAAACUUUUAAUACGUAACCAGGACAACUCCUUCACGACGCACGCGGGGAAUCUUCAGAGGAUUCUUCUGACAGUACUUCAAGCGACAAUUUCAGUAUUUACACGGAAACUAGCAGUUCAGAGGAAGAUCUGCAAAACGUAGAAGAGCCCGGGACGUCUACUUCAUCGGCGACAACGCAUAAUUCACGCAAAGGGAAAUCGAAAUCAUUUUCGAAACAGCCGACUGUGAAAAGGUCCAAGCGACAACAGUCAUUUUUCGCGGGGAAAGCUUAUCUAAAAAUAAACUCACUUGUAAAAACGCCGUUGCACGAAUUUAUGGCAGUUGCACGCUCCGGGUUAUGGGCUCCUGUCAGGAGCCGAUAAUCGGCUCUAAUCGGCUCCUGUAACGAUAACGAUAACGAUAAUGAUAACGUUAAUGAUAACGAUAACGAUAACGAUAAUGAUGAUGAUAAUGAUUGUGAUGAUGAUGGUAAUGGUGAUGGUGUUGUUUCAUUGAAUUUAUUUCUGCUUGUUUCUGACCAAGUCUGUUGCGAUUUAUAUCACAAUGCGUGAAGCGAAGCAAUGGUAAAAAUUAAAUUUACUCUCCCCAGAAGCUUUUUGCUUUUAAAGGGUUCUCUUUGCACGUAAGGAAUAUUAAACUGAAGGGAAACAAAAGAAAUCGAAAUAACUGAAAAGUAACUUUUUAUUGUGUAGGCCCUAACGCUUGCGCGUUGUGGUACUUUGAUUGGCUCAUGAGCGGAAAUAAACGUGACACGGAAAAAUGUUUUUCGGUCAUAAAGAAAUGUCAGAAAAACUGUUUUUUAAAAUUUCUUUUGACUAGUUGCUUAGUAUAAUAAUUACAGAUCGUCAUAUUCACUAAAUCUUGCUGUUGUUCUUUUUACAGCUACAUAAAUUCUGCGGAUCCGACGAAAAGGAGUUAGAGGAAAAAAUAAAAGAACUCAAGUAGAUCUUGGCUCAACAGAUGUACUUUAGAAAACUAAGAACUCGUUGCUUUGUAUUCAGGACUAGGAGCUUCUCUUAACAAUUACUUUCUUUCUAUCGACUGUACUUGUGUGUUACCAUGAUAGGGAGAUUAGCUUUUUAAUUAUUAUUCGUUCAAAAUAUUUCUAAGCUCAUAAAAUCCUUCCCUUUGGGCAGAAUUUCUUUAAAACACAUGCCAGUUCCUCAGCAGUUUCAGGUAUGAGCUCGCCCCUUGUAAGGAAAUCCAAGACAGUCUUGGAUUCUGGAUUCCAUGGCGUGGAUUCCGGAUUCUAGGUACUGGAUUCCAGUCUUUAUCAGGGGAACUUUGAUUCCGGAUUGCAAUCGCUAGUUGGCUUUCGGAUUCCAGGUGCUGAAUCCCAGUCUUUGUCAUGGGAACUUGGAUUCUGGAUUGGAAAUGUUAGUUGCAUUCCGGAUUCCUUGAGCUGUGUUCCGGAUUCCAAAGCCCAGGAUUCCGAUUCCACCAGCAAAACAUUCCGGAUUCCCUUAUAUGGGGCGAUCUGAGCAACCUCGUCCCCAGGGCGCUUUUCCCUGCAGGCUUUAGAGGUGGGGCGGCCCCACCUCCAAAGCCUGCAGGGAAAAGCGCUCUGGGGACGAGGUUGCGAUCUGAGUGGUUAUUCAAUUAAGUUCAUGCUGAGGUAUUUUUCGAUCAAAAGCAGUCGACAUUCUAGAUCUUCGAAUGGCUUUCUGAGCGUUCCUGAUACAUGAGUAAUAAUGGUAAUUGAACUGAGUGGAGUGCAAUUUGGUCUGAAAUCAUACGCGUGAUUUCAAAAUCGAUUCGAUUUGAAAUCACAAGUAUGAUUUCAGACCAAAAUUGCACGACACGAAGUUCAAUUACCACUUUAUUACAUCCAUUUUGAAAUCGCAGAAUUUAGUCAGUACUAUAGUUUAUUGAUCGAAUAGCCGGUUUGUUAAAAAGCCGAAACAAAAAAGCUUUUACAUCUCAUUUUGUAUUCGAAACAGAAAUGAUGCGAUAUAGAACAAAAAUAGUGCGAUUUAAAACAGAAAUGAUCCGAUUUAGAACAUGAAUGACGCGAUUUGGAACAGAUGCGAUUUAGAGCAAAAAAUGGUGCGAUUUAGGAAUAAAUCACACUGCUGAGAGCCAAUCAGAUUGCACGGAUAGCCAGUGAUUUCAAAGUGGAUGUAAUAAAGUCAGUUAUUCGGCUAUUUCGUCUUCCGUCCCUUUAAAAUCUUCCGGCUAUUUACUAACACAGCUGAACCAUAAACUUCAAUAGGCCACUUCCGAGUUCCAAAAACCCUCAUUUUCAAAAUAAGGCCAAGUGCACAACCUUUCUUGUGAAAAUGAGUUUUAUUUGCAUGAGAAUGAAAAAUCAUUUCCAUAUCAAAGGCUGAGCACUUGACCUCGUUUUGAUACAGAGGCUCGGGGGAACUCGGAAAUAGCCUAUUAUGGGAUUGACUAUUUAAGCCAACGGGAAACUACUGUAAGAAAUACUCUUGAAUGAAUAAUGAUGUAUCUUAAUUCUAAUUACACGAAAAACAUAACUAUAAGUGGCUUUUAAUACGAUGCCUCUGAUAGCUCGAUUUGAAGAAGUUAAUUACUUAGUAAAUACAUAAUAUUAUUUUUUAUUCUGUUUAACAACAAGUAGUGAAUCAUUCAUUCCAAUCAUAAUUGCACACGGCAGUGGACUCAACUAACAAUUUACCAUAAAAUAAAUGAUAUUUUGGCGGUGAAAAAAAAACCGACUCAGUACCCAUAAGACAAAUAUAUGUGUUAAGAAGCCAUAUAAAACACAAUUAAAGAGUGUUCCACUAGGUAUUUAAAAACCUCUGUUUCCGUGUAGUCGUUUCAGGAGUAAGGGUACCGCCUUUCGCCUCCCAAGGCCAAAUUUCAAACGGAGGAGGACUGGUUAGGAUUCAUUAUAUUACACAAGACCCACUUGGUUAGAAAAAGUACUCCGA